AGUCCUCCCCCCCCCCCCACCGCUCACUCUCAGAAGCCACAGGGAGGAGAAGGGAAAGGAGAAGGGGGUGAAGGAAACCCCGUCGUCGGCGCCAUCUCCUGGGCCCACCCCAUUGCACAGCAGCCCCCCGAGUGAGGAGAACGCCUGGCCAAGAUUCAUUCUCCCUCCUUCGCCUCCCCAGCUGACAACAUGGCUGCGGCCGCCUCUGCUGCCCAGGAUGAGCUGAAUCAGCUUGAACGUGUCUUCUUACGUCUUGGGCAUGCAGAAACAGAUGAGCAAUUACAGAGUAUUAUAUCCAAAUUUCUGCCCCCUGUUCUUCUCAAACUUUCUAGUACACAGGAAGGAGUACGUAAGAAGGUUAUGGAACUGUUGGUUCACCUGAAUAAACGUAUCAAAAGUCGACCCAAAAUUCAGCUUCCAGUGGAAACCUUAUUGGUGCAGUAUCAAGAUCCUUCUGCAGUGUCCUUUGUUACAAAUUUCACAAUAAUAUACGUUAAGAUGGGUUACCCUCGUUUACCUGUGGAAAAACAAUGUGAACUGGCUCCCACUCUCCUUACUGCAAUGGAAGGAAAACCGCAACCCCAACAAGACAGCCUAAUGCACCUUCUAAUACCAACCCUUUUUCACAUGAAAUAUCCUGUUGAACCUCUGAAAGCAGCAUCUCCGUUUAAUCUUGCUGAGAAACCAAAGACUGUACAGCUGCUAUUGGAUUUUAUGUUGGAUGUCCUCCUUAUGCCUUAUGGAUAUGUAUUGAAUGAAUCCCAGAGUCGCCAAAGUGUGCCAGCAGGACAGGGCUCUUCUUCAUCAAGUAGUUCUGGAGGUUCUGGUAUCCCUCAGCCUCCUCCAGGGAUGAGUUUUUAUGCAGCCAAGCGGGUCAUUGGAGACAGCCCAUGGACACCUGAACAGCUGGAACAGUGUAAAUUAGGCAUUGUGAAGUUUAUUGAGGCUGAGCAAGUGCCUGAAGUUGAAGCUGUCAUACAUUUGGUUAUUGCCUCCAGUGACACUCGGCACAGUGUAGCCACUGCAGCAGAUCUUGAACUGAAAAGCAAGCAAAGCUUAAUUGACUGGAAUAAUCCAGCCAUCAUUAACAAGCUGUACAAAGUGUACCUUGGGGACAUACCACUAAAAACCAAGGAGGGGGCCGUUUUGAAACCAGAACUGAAACGUGAUCCAGUCAGCACACGGGUGAAGUUAAAAAUUGUCCCUCAUCUUCUGCGUUCCAGGCAAGCUGCAGAAACAUUUCCUGCAAACAUUCAGGUUGUCUAUGACGGACUUUUUGGUGCCAAUACCAAUGCAAAAUUGCGAACUUUGUCUCUUCAAUUUGUGCACCAUAUUUGUGUAAUUUGCCCAGACAGUAAGAUCAAGCCACUAGGCCCUAUGCUUCUGAAUGGACUGACAAAACUGAUUAAUGAAUAUAAAGAGGACCCCAAAUUGCUGUCAAUGGCUUAUUCAGCUGUUGGAAAACUCUCCAGCCGAAUACCUCAGCUGUUCACCAAGGACCUGGCAUUAGUUCAACAGUUUUUUGAAGCUCUUUCUAAGGAAGACCCGGAUACCAGACUUGCUAUCCAGGAGGCCUUGUCCAUGAUGGUUGGGGCAUAUACUAGCUUAGAAGGAGCACCACGUACUCUUAUGGAGGCACUUGUGGCAUCAAACCUGAUUAAGCCCCAAGUCCAAGUACGUCAAGUGGCCGUAAAGUUUGCCAGCACUGUGUUCCCUUCAGACCACAUUCCUUCAAGAUACUUGCUGCUUUUAGCUGCAGGAGAUCCACGAGAGGAGGUCCAUGGAGAGGCACAACGUGCACUAAGAACAUUUCCUAGUAAAAAUGAAAAAGAAAGUGCUGGUAAACAGAUGCCUUCAUUCCCAGAAAUGGUCCAGUAUAUUCAAGAAAAGGCCUCUCACAGAAUGAAAACUCCUGCUAAAUAUAUGACUGGAACAACAGUCAUGCCUUUCAAUCCAGCUACUUUUGGAGAGAUAGUCCUGUACCUCCGUAUGUGUCUUGCUCACAGUGCUGGUGUGGUGCCCACUUCUCAGAGCUUAGCAGAUAUGCAGGAUCAUGCCCCUGCCAUUGGACGUUAUAUAAGGAACCUCCUGUCUGGACAUGUCAUAACCACCUCCUCCUCCUCUUCUUCCUCCUCGAAGGGUGGCGAAAGCAACCCUGUACAGAUCUAUAUAAGUCUCCUUCAACAGCUGCUUUCUGGGGUUGGAGGUUUGCCAGUGAUGUACUGCCUGUUGGAGGUUGUUUCAGUCUAUCCUGAGAAACUAGCUGCAAGAUUUGUAGACAAAAUGGAUUGGAUAAAGACCCUUAUGAAUACCAAUAAAGAAGAAAUGAGGGAGCUGGCUGCUCUGUUUUAUUCAGUAGUGUUGUCAACAGUGUCAGAAAAUGAAUUUAAAACUUCAGUUCAGCACCUAAUAAAAACAGCCAAGGAUAAUCAUAAUUUAGAGAUGCAGCAUGGUUCAUUGUUGGCUCUAGGAUUCACAGUGGGACGGUAUUUAUCCAAGAGAAAAACAAGGAUGGUAGAACUGCAUGACCUAGAAGAUCCAAAUACCAUUGUUGUGCCAGAACAAGACCAACUGAUAAAAUCAACAACAGAAACUAUAGGUUCUUUUUUGGAUAGUACCUCACCACUUUUGGCAGUAGCUGCUUGUACAGCACUGGGAGAAAUUGGCAGGAAUGCCCCUCUCCCCAUCCCCAAUGAUGGCACUGGAUUUACAAAGCUCCAUCUUGUUGAAAGUUUACUAGCCCGAAUUCCUUCUAGCAAGGAGACCAAUAAGAUGAAAGAACGAGCUAUACAAACACUAGGUUACUUUCCAGUGGGGGAUGGAGACUUUCCUCACCAGAAACUACUCCUGCAAGGAUUAAUGGAUUCUGUGGAGGCCAAGCAAAUUGAACUGCAGUUCACUGUUGGUGAAGCGAUUACCAGUGCUGCAGUUGGAACCAGCUCUGUAGCUGCCCGAGAUGCAUGGAUGGUAGCUGAAGAAGAAUAUACCCCACCUGUUGAUGUGAAGGUUAAUGAUGUGGUUCCCUGGGUCUUGGAUGCCAUUUUGAAUAAACACAUUGUCAGUCUCAACCCUCACAUAAGACAAGCUUCAUGCAUCUGGCUUUUGUCUUUGGUGAAAAAGCUGAGCACUCACAAAGAAGUUAAGUCUCAUCUCAAAGAAAUUCAGUCUGCAUUUGUAUCCAUUCUGUCUGAGAGUGAUGAACUCAGUCAAGAUGUGGCUUCCAAAGGCCUUGGUUUGGUAUAUGAGCUUGGGAAUGAACAAGAUCAACAGGAGCUGGUUACUACUCUUGUUGAAACACUUAUGACUGGGAAAAGAGUCAAGCAUGACGUGACUGGGGAAACUGUGAUGUUCCAGGGAGCAGGGCUUGGCAAGACUCCAGAUGGCCAGGGUCUUUCUACUUACCAGGAGCUUUGUUCACUUGCUAGUGAUCUCAACCAGCCAGAUUUGAUAUACAAGUUCAUGAAUUUGGCUAAUCAUCAUGCAAUGUGGACCUCUCGAAAGGGUGCAGCUUUUGGUUUUAAUGUGAUAGCUACCAAAGCUGGGGAACAGCUGGCUCCUUUCUUGCCCCAGCUUCUGCCUCGCCUGUAUCGUUACCAGUUUGACCCCAACAUUGGGAUACGGCAAGCGAUGACUAGCAUUUGGAAUGCACUAGUGACAGACAAAUCUGCAGUGGACAAAUAUAUGAAAGAAAUCCUUGAUGAUUUAAUAAGCAACCUGACCAGCAAUAUGUGGCGGAUUCGAGAGUCUAGCUGUCUUGCACUGAAUGACCUGCUCAGAGGAAGACCCUUGGAUGACAUUAUUCAUAAGCUUCCUGAAAUAUGGGAAACUCUCUUUAGAGUACAAGAUGAUAUAAAGGAAUCUGUACGAAAGGCAGCAGAAUUAGCCCUGAAAACACUAAGUAAGGUGUGUGUGAAGAUGUGUGACCCAUCUAAAGGAGCUGCAGGCCAGAGAACAAUAGCUGUACUGUUGCCAUGCCUUCUUGAUAAAGGAAUGAUGAACACGGUGACUGAAGUGCGGACCCUGAGCAUUAACACCCUGGUGAAGAUCAGCAAAAGUGCUGGGGCCAUGCUCAAACCACAUGCUCCCAAACUCAUUCCAGCUCUGUUGGAGUCACUGAGUGUCCUGGAGCCUCAGGUUUUGAAUUACUUGAGCUUGCGUGCUACAGAACAGGAAAAGGCUGCAAUGGAUACAGCAAGACUAAGUGCUGCUAAAUCCUCCCCCAUGAUGGAAACUAUCAAUAUGUGCUUGCAGUAUCUGGAUGUGUCUGUCUUGGGUGAGCUGAUUCCUAGGCUGUGUGAGCUGACCAGGAGUGGAAUAGGCAUCGGCACUAAGGGUGGCUGUGCUAGUGUAAUUGUAUCACUUACCACUCAGUGUCCCCAAGACUUGACACCAUAUUCAGGCAAACUCAUGAGUGCUUUGCUCAGUGGACUAGCUGAUCGCAACAGUGUGGUGCAAAAAUCUUUUGCUUUUGCCAUGGGACAUCUAGUUCGGACUUCACGGGACACCAGCACAGAUAAAUUACUGCAGAAACUGAACAAUUGGUAUAUGGAGAAAGAAGAACAAGUCUAUAAAACAGCCUGUGCGUUAACUAUACAUGCUAUUGGGCGCUACAGCCCAGAUGUACUGAAGAAUCAAGCCAGACAUGUUUUGCCCCUGGCCUUUCUUGGGAUGCACGAAGUCCCUGAGGAAGAAAAAGGAGAGAAGGAGGAUGGCAACCUGUGGACUGAAGUAUGGCAGGAAAAUGUGCCUGGCACCUAUGGAGGAAUAAGGCUCUAUAUGGAAGAAUUGAUAGCAAUCACGCAGAAAGCUUUGCAGUCCCAAUCUUGGAAGAUGAAAGCUCAAGGAGCAGCUGCCAUGGCAUCUAUAGCAAAGCAAACUGGCUCCUUGGCACCUCCACACUUGGGCAUGGUGUUAACUGCUCUGUUGCAAGGUCUCUCUGGAAGAACAUGGACAGGAAAGGAGGAGUUAUUGAAAGCUAUUGCCAGUGUCGUCUGUUCAUGCAGUGUGGAACUGUACAAGACAGUACCUGACCAGCCUAGCAUUGACGAUGUCCUACAGGCCAUGCUUAAGGAGUGUCGCAAGGAGAACCUCAGGUACAAGAUUGUGGCCCUCCGGUGCACAGCUGAUGUGCUGAAGACCACACAGGAAAACCGGUUCCAGGAACUGACGGACAUCAUCUUUCCAUUAAUAAAGAAGAAUUAUCCUGAGAACAUGGGAGUGAGCUCGCCACAGAAUGAUGAUGAGGAUGAGAAUGAAAAUGAGAAGGAACUCCAGAUGGAAUCUCUUCUCUGUGCCUUCGAGAGUUUGGGCAAAGCAUGGCCUAGAAAUCCAGAAACUCAGCGCUGCUAUCGACAAGAACUGUGCAAACUAAUGUGUGAGCGGCUGAAACUCAGUACCUGGAAAGUGCAGCUGGGAGUGCUCCAAGCUAUGAAGGCUUAUUUUCAGGGGCUGCUGUUGCUUGAAGCAGAGCACUCAGACCCUGAGGCUUUAACAAGAAUACUUUUGGAAACCUGUUCCUCAAUUACCCAUUCUCUAGAGAAUAGAAGCUACACCUCCAUAAGAACUGAAGCCUUGUCAGUGAUAGAAGUGCUGCUCACAAAACUUGAAGAAUCCAAACAGUGGGAUAGUCUGAGCACAGAAAGCCGAGACCUUCUCAUUGGCUCAUUAACAACCCUGAGUCUGGAUAGCAGGCCGGAACUACAAGACAAAGCAUCUUUGUUAAAGAAAACCUUAGAAAAUCUUGAUUGAAUUGAAAACCAACCAAGUGCCAUGCAAAACAAAGCAAGCAAAAAUUGAAAGUACACAGUGAGCUCUGAAUAUACAGAGGGAAAGUAAAGAUGACUUUGUAGCAUGCAUCAUUCCUUGGCUAAAAUAAAGAACACCUUUAAUUCUGUUCCCCAUUAAUUUUCUUUUCUUUUUUAACCAUUUCAAGCAGUAUGCAAGCCUUGAAAGUAUUAAACACCCCCCACCAAAAAAAAAUCCAUAAUGAAUCAUUGGGAAAUUGUUCUGGUCUGUGUGUGAAUAAGGCGGGGAAGAAGAAGCACCUUACUGGUAAAUUAGUCUGGACAACACUUGUAGUGAGUACAUGAGAACAACCCCGGUUAAAAGAAUUAAUAGAGGUACUUAUGGGGGCACAGGAGAGCAAACACCUUUCUGUGGAGCAAGUAUUACUUGGUGUUCUACUGAUAGCACAUGGGGAUCCCAUUAGAAGGAUGUAAGGCACUGAUGCUGAUGCAGGUCAAGCUCUGUUCAGUCUGGCCUUUUGGCAUCCCCUGGCUGUGUGCUGUUUGUUCUGAGUCCCAUACUGUCACCUCACCUGUUGUAAAGUAAUGUGAAGAUUUGGGAAAGUCCAUGCCUUCCUGUGUUAUAGGUGGCAAUCAUCCCAGAUAAGAAUGCACACUGGAAAGCACUUUAAUUAGCUGCCUGGAAACAAGGGUGUAUCUGGGGACUUGUUUAAAAAGAAAUGAGAGGGUGAAACAGAGCACUGCUCUUCAUUCAACAUUUUUUGCUUGACAAUAGUAACAAAACCCUUGUCUAAAAUAGGUUUUUCAAGCAUGUUCUACAUUUCUGUAGAAAGAUUUCAUAGUAGGAUUCCCUUCCUCUGUAAGCCAUCGUUUGCUUUGGAAAACUGUAACAUUUUAAUAUUAUUAAGAUUAUGCAAUUUAUUAUAAUAUCAACUGCAGCAUCUUCUGGUUCCUAGGAAGUACUUUUAAUUUGCACCAUAAGACUUGACAUUACAUCCGUUAACAUGGAGUAAAAAUACAAUUGUGUUAAAUAGCCCUAUUACCCUGCCCUUCUUUUCUGUAUUUGCAAAAGCUUAAAAAUGACAUUUGCUCCAAUUUUAAUAAAGAUUUCUUAGUGAAGUUAAAUGUUCUUACAACAAUGCUUGUAAGAUGUUCUUCACAGAGUGAAGUUCAGCAAGACUUGGGGAGGUUUAUCAUAAUACAUAUACAAAAGAAAGUACUGUGUGGGAUCAGGUAUGCUACCUGCUAAUAAUGGGCAGCUUGUGGCCCUCCAGAAAUUUUGGCCUGUAACCUCUCUUCAUUCCUAGCCAAUGGUGAGGGAUCAUGGGAGUUGUAGGCCAAAAAAGUAGGGAGAGUCACAAGUUGUUCACCCCAUGACAAUUUGUCAUGUGUGAUGUUCUUGCAUGUCUGUAGCAUGUCUCACACGAAGAUCUAUAUACCAGGUAGCCUAUUGAUUCCUUCAUGAAAGUGCUUUCCAUUUAGGAAUUUUGCGAUGUAUGGAGCUGUCCUCUGGACAGCUGAUACAUUUUGGGACUGUUUCCACCAUUGGCAGUCCCCACCCAAUUCACUGUGGCAUCAGGCAAGGCCACCAAUGUUUCCUGAAGGAGGCAAUACAUGCAGCUGCCACAAUAAACCCUUCGCUAAGUUUUGAUUUUACAAAUUCUGACAGACCUUUUAGUGGUUCUCAUGAAGCAGUGAUGACUCAGACAAUUUUGGUGCAUCCCGAGGUGAUGAGCAGGAACGAUAGCUGUUUGAACCAGCAAAUUUUGGCGAUUUAAUCAGUUGCACAGGAAAGGAAAUUUUAGGGUUGCUUCAUGCUUAAUGCUUCAGAAAUCCUGAAUAUGCAGAGGGGCAUCAUGUCGUUACCUGUAUCCUGAGUUACAUGUCCCCUCAAAGUGGUGGCGGUGAGUGCAUGUUUCUGAUGACCCACCACAUUUUCAGGGCUGCUGGCAUACGUUAUGAACCAUCCCUUAGGAUUCAGCUGAGAAAUUGUGACUGGCAUGUGUGUUGUCAGACUCUGCCUGUUUGUUCAAAGCCUUGUCUUCUACCAAGCAUUUGUGGCUAAGGAAAUGUGAGGUGCUGUAAGCUGGUCUAAAAGAUUUUAAAUGUAUUACAGAAAGCUGCUUGUGGUUUAUGUUUAGUUUUGAGUUUGCCAAGCACAUCUGUAAAACUGAAUGUUUGUAGGCACAAGAUCUUUGCAUAAUCUUUAACAAAUUCCCCAUUUUGUGUCGCCUGAGGGUUUUUUUUUGUAUGAAGCAGAAUUGUCAAGUGUUGCUUUUUUUCUUUUUGCAACAGUCAUUGAGUGUUUUAUAGAACCCACAACAACUGUAUACUAAAUGUGCUAGGUCUCUGACAUGACUCUUCAGCAAGGGCUGCAGUAUUUUGAGAUGGGAUCCAAGUUUGAGUUUGGAACAGCUACUGUAAUAGGUAUUUCCAAGUGGAAUUUUAUAUUUACUGAAGACUAGAAAUUCCAGACUAAGAACAACUAUAAGAACUAUCUGGAAUGUGCAAGUUCAGUGAAUAGCUUCUCUGAAUAGCCUUUUAUCUUCCAAAUUUAGAUUCUGAACUUCUCAAACAAAAUGUGUGCCUCUAUGAGAACCCUACCUGCAAAAAGUUGACUUAGAGGUCAGAUACCCGUCCCUCUUAAAUUUGUUGACUUGAUCAGAAAAAAAGUGGCCUUUGGAAAGUUAUGUUUUCCUCUGAAAACAAUUGCACUAUAAAACACUGUUGCCCAAAUAUGGGUGCUUGUGCUGCUGUUUAAUGCUGCUUUGUAUACCUGGACUGAAGUGUGUAAAUUUGACCCUAUAGCACCCUCCUGACUUUACAAACUGUUCUCUGUUGAAAGAUUUCUAAUGUUGCAAGAAAGGUCUCCAUUAAAUUCACUACAUUGAA